GGGGGGGGAGCGGCGGUCGGCUGGCUUUUGAGUCAGCUCCGAUGGGGGCCGGUUGUGACCUGGUCUGACCCCGGUUUGACCUUGCAGUGACCUCUGACCCUGUCCGGUCCUGGCUCUCCAGCUACUCUGCUGCCUGGGUUCGGGAACGCUCCGCCCCGGGGCCCAGAACGAGCCAAUCAGAAUGAAGAAGAGCCGCAGCGUGCUGUCGGUGACUGGAGAAGAGGGUCAUGACACAGAUAUCACAGGUGCUGGCGGUGAGAAGGCGGAGUCGUCGCGCUACAGCCGAUCCUACACCUCCGGGGCUACGCUGGGGGCGGAGCUACGCAGAGGGCGGAGCAGAAGACUCUCAUCCAGUCUCCAGGUGCCCUGCUGGCUCCGCCCACGAGACCGCACUCGUUCACCGGAGGUCCUGUGCAACGUGUCCCGUCCCACAACGCUCCCGCUCCGCAUCCCACCUCGCAUCUCCAUCACGCAAGCGGACACCGACAGUUACGAAGCAGAGAAUGGCGUGUCGCCGGGCCACAGCCCGCUGGGCUCGCAGAGUCCCGGCCUCACCCUGCACACCUCCUUCCCCCAGGGCCAGAGAAGAGAGUCCUUCCUCUACCGCUCCGACUCGGACUACGACAUGUCGCCCAAGACGGUCUCGCGUAACUCCUCCAUCGCCAGUGAAGGACACACGGCAGAAGACUUUAUCGUCACACCUUUUGCGCAGGUGCUGGCCAGUCUGCGAUCGGUACGGAGCAACUUCACCAUCCUCGCCAACGUCUCCACGCCAACAGUCAAGCGGUCUCCUCUGGGCGGCGUGUGCGUCAGUCCCAGGGCGGCGCUGUCGGAGCAGCAGCACCAGCAGCUCGCCCUGGACACUCUGGAGGAACUGGACUGGUGCCUGGACCAGCUGGAGACCAUCCAGACGCACCGCUCCGUCAGCGAGAUGGCCUCCAGCAAGUUCAAGAGGAUGCUGAACAGAGAGCUGUCCCACCUGUCGGAGAUGAGUCGCUCCGGCAACCAGGUGUCUGAAUACAUCUCCAGCACCUUCAUGGACAAGCAGGACGAGGAGGAGAUCCCGUCUCCCACCCUGAAAGACAAACCGAUGAGUCACAUCAUCGGCGUGAGGAAACUGUCUCACAGCUCCAGCCUCUCCAGCGCGUCGAUGCCUCGCUUCGGUGUCAACACGGACCACGAGGACGAGCUCGCCAAGGAGUUUGAGCAUCUGGACAGGUGGAGCUUCAACAUAUUCAGAGUCGCAGAGUUCUCCAACAACAGGCCCCUCAGCUGCAUCAUGUACGCCAUCUUCCAGGAGCGAGAGCUGUUGAAGACGUUCCGAAUCCCGGUCGAGACCUUCGUCACUUACGUGAUGACCCUGGAGGACCAUUACCAUGGAAACGUGGCCUACCACAACAGCCUCCAUGCUGCAGACGUCACCCAGUCCACGCAUGUCCUGCUCUCCACGCCUGCUCUCGACGCCGUCUUCACCGACCUGGAGAUCCUCGCCGCCCUGUUCGCCGCAGCCAUCCACGACGUGGACCACCCGGGCGUUUCCAAUCAGUUCCUCAUCAACACCAACUCCGAGCUGGCCCUCAUGUACAACGACGAGUCCGUUCUGGAGAACCACCAUCUCGCCGUGGGCUUCAAGCUCCUGCACCAGGAAAACUGUGACAUCUUCCAGAACCUCACCAAGAGACAGCGGCAGAGUCUCCGCAAGCUCGUCAUCGACAUGGUGUUGGGCACAGACAUGUCCAAGCACAUGACCCUGCUGGCCGAUCUGAAGACCAUGGUGGAGACGAAGAAGGUGACGAGUUCCGGCGUGCUGCUCCUCGACCACUACACGGAGCGAAUACAGGUGCUGAGGAACAUGGUGCACUGUGCGGACCUGAGCAACCCCACCAAGACGCUGCUGAUAUACCGACAGUGGACGGAGAGGAUCAUGGAGGAGUUCUUUCGCCAGGGCGACAAAGAGCGCGAGCGAGGGAUGGAGAUCAGCGCCAUGUGUGACAAACACACGGCGUCUGUGGAGAAGAGCCAGGUGGGUUUCAUCGACUACAUCGUCCACCCGCUGUGGGAGACGUGGGCCGACCUGGUGCACCCGGACGCCCAGGAGCUUCUGGACACGCUGGAGGAGAACAGGGAGUGGUACCUGAACACCAUGCCCCAGUCCCCCUCGCCCCCCCCGGACAGACACCUCCUGCACGACCGCUUCCAGUUCGAGAUCACCCUGGAGGACCUGGAGCACAACAACCACAACCACGUGCACCCGAGGAACAGCAGCGGCGGGCGGAAGGCGAUCUGCGGCGUGGGCGACGCGGAGGGAACGCAGGGCGACGAGGAGAACCACAACGGAAGACAGAACGGAGUCCGGGAUGGAGAAGAGGAAGAGGAGGAGGAGGAGGAAGGGACUAGAGAAAGCGAGAGAGAAGAAGAGGAGCAGGAGGAGGAGGAGGUGCAGGAGAACACGGCACAUGAGGAACACGGAGAGGAGCGAGUGGACGAAGACGGGGGAGAGCAGACGGAUGAAACGGAAAAAGGAGAUGAAGGUAACGACGUAGCGGAGGACGAGGAGGCGAAAGAGGAGGAGGAGGACGAGCAAAAUCAGGAGGAAGAACGGGAGCGGGAGGAGGAGGAGGAGGGUGAAGGUGAGGAAGGUGGAGAAAAUGAGGAGGGAAAGGGGGAUGAAGAAGAAAGUGCGGAAAAGGUGGAAAGGGAAGAGGUAGAAGGGGAAAUGGAUGGAGAGGAAGAGAAAGAGGAGGAGAAAGAGGAGGAGAAUGUAGAGGAGGAGAAUGUAGAGGAGGAGAAUGUAGAAGAGGAGAAUGUAGAGGAGGAGAAUGUAGAGGAGGAGACGACGGAGGAAAGUGUUGAACAAGAGGAGGAUGAGAAAGUGGAAGAAGAGGAGGCAGAAACUGGGGAGAAAGUUGAAGAAGAGGAGACAGAAGAUAAUGUAGCAGAUGAAGAUGAGGAAGGAGAGUUGGAAGGAGCAGAAGAGGAGGAAGCAGCGACAGUUGAGGAAGAAGGAGAGGAAAGUUAGUUGGGUGUGACAUUCGCAAAUUCAGAAGGGUCAGAGAGAUGAAGACGUGCGUAAAGGAACCCGGCGAGAUGUGGACAGUGAGCGCCGUGGCGGUGGAGGAAGAGGAUGAAGGGAUGAAGAAGAGAACGUGGCUCCUUUCACUCAUCACGUGACCCGUGAGAUACGGACGGACUUGAGAGAUUCAAGAGCGACCGCAGAGCAACGGACACGAAAAAACAGAAACCCUCUCUGACGGAGCCGGGAAACAAACGGUCGUGGCCGAAAGACCGGACGCUUCAUCGCCAAGUGUCUGUACGUCCAUCACUGCCGUAGGCGAUGAACCGGGGAGGAGGAUUUCCCAAAAAAGUUUUAUCAACUUUUGUAGCUCCCGGAAAAAAAAUGAAUACAUGCAGACAAUUGCGUGUCUCUUCUCCCGGUCUCACGGAUUAUUGCCCGUCGUCUCUGUAACACACACACACACACACACACACACACACACACACACACACACACACACACACACACACACACACACACACACACACACACACACACACACACACACACACACACACACACACACACACACACACACACACACACACACACACACACACACACACACACACACACACACACACACACACAACCGAAGAACGUCAACUUCCUCUGUUUGUCAGAAGAAAAAAUUAAAAACAGUCUGGAUGGUUUCGUCUGUCGUCUAAUAAUGUAUCUACUGCAGAAAAAAAGAAAGAAUAGUUUUUCCGUCACGUGAGCAGGACGCCGAGGACGCUGGUCCGGGUACCAGCUCCACCUCCUCGCGUAAACCAACCGCCGCGCAGAAAACGAUGCUGGAUUUUCUGAAACCAAUCACGUCCCUGGACAAAGUCGGAAACACCCGUGUCGCAGGUUCCAGGCGGAUUUUAUCGUACGUGUCGAUGUCGGUUGCAGUGUUUCAUCCCGUCACGACCCCCGACUGCGUCAGUGUGACUUCCUGUGUGAAUCGUGCCAAACUGACCCAGGACCAGCACCAGGGCCACUCCGCCCCUCCCUGCUCCGAACAAGGAAGCGGGGGCCACUCUUCCGUGAAGCAAUGCACUGUGGGACCAGGCUCAACGGGUGCGAUGAUCCUCCACAGAUCCCAUCUUUCUUUUUCCUUUUUUCUUUUCUUUUUUUUUGGGUUCUUUGAGUUUUUGUAAAAUUGUAUUUGGCACUUUAUCGGACACCCCUGUUGCAUAUAUGUACAUAAUAAACAUGUAUUUUAACCUGCUGAUGUCAUACAAUAAAUCGGAUCAAUGAAGAGGAA